AUGUGCCAUAUCAUCGGUAACGGCGGCACUGGUGGAGGGACUGGCAAUGGAUGGCCAGUCAGUUACCAACACAUCGGGGAAUAUUCUCUCUCUCUCUCUCUCACCGCUCUGAUCGCCCGCACGGACGUCAAGAAACACCGCGACUACCCGUUGGCCUCGAAGGACGAGAACAAGCAAUUACUUGUCGGCGCCGCCAUUGGCACACGUGAUGGCGACAAAGAGCGGCUCAAGAAACUGGUUGACGCCGGCGUCGAUGUCGUUAUUUUGAUAUGCUACGGCUGUCGCUCAUCGUUGGCCACCGCACCGAUAAUCGCAUCCGUGUCCGGUCACCAUCAGUGGCACAUCAAUUGUCUGAGGUGCUCGGAAUGUGACCAAUCUCUCAGCCAUUGUCGGUCGUGUUAUCUGAAAAACGGUCGCAUAUAUUGUAAAACCGAUUAUUCAAAACUAAUCAACCAAUUGAUCAAAUGCUCCAAAUGUUAUCGACAGAUAUCGGCCUCCGAUUGGGUGCGAAGAGCCGGCGCCUAUGUCUACCAUUUAGCGUGUUUUGCCUGUGAUUUAUGUCAGCGCCAGUUAAGCACUGGUGAACAGUUUACUAUCGAUAACCAGACAAAUGAAAGCAAAUUAUUGUGUAAAUUACAUUUUGGUAUCACAAACGAUGGUAAAUCU